UGCCUGGCCCUGCCUUUAUAAUUUCCACACGAGUGCAUCUGGGCUUUUACACAAACCAACAGCAGCUUCUUCUGACAGACACACACUCACCCCGACACACACUCGGCACACUUUUCCUCCGUCUGAUUAACAGUCCUGCACACACCAUGAUUACGGAAAAACGUAAAUAAAUACGUAAAGGGGUGACUAUUUUGACUACUGGAAGAUCUUUGCGGGGAUUCAGCGCAACUUUUGUUUUUAUUACUGAGAAGGUGUUCUCUUCACGCGUCUCUCUCAGAGGAUUCUUUAGCGGAGGAGAGAGGGGGAGAGUGCAGCCUUUCACUUUAAGACCGGCUAGGCUCGCGGAUAAAAGGCCGGCUGGGCAGGGCGGCCCCCAUCGCAGCCUGUCCGAGAGGCUAGGUGCCUUUUGCGCGUGGCCCCCUUUCACCACCGAAGUUGGCUCCAGCGCUAGCAGCCGCAUUGGAUCCCACAGCUUAUUGUGAGACUCCGGUGUACAAUCCGGAUCUCUGCCCCAACAUGAUCGCGGCCCAGGCCAAGCUGGUCUACCACCUGAAUAAGUACUACAACGAGAAAUGCCAGGCCAGGAAAGCUGCCAUCGCCAAAACCAUCCGGGAAGUCUGCAAAGUGGUCUCCGAUGUCCUGAAGGAGGUGGAGGUGCAGGAACCGCGCUUCAUCAGUUCCCUCAACGAGAUGGACAACCGCUAUGAGGGCCUGGAGGUCAUCUCUCCCACCGAGUUCGAGGUGGUACUCUAUCUGAACCAGAUGGGGGUGUUUAACUUCGUGGACGACGGAUCACUGCCUGGCUGCGCGGUGCUGAAGCUGAGCGACGGGCGGAAGAGGAGCAUGUCCCUCUGGGUGGAAUUCAUCACCGCCUCUGGCUACCUCUCCGCACGCAAAAUCCGCUCCAGGUUUCAGACGCUGGUGGCUCAGGCGGUGGACAAGUGUAGCUACAGGGAUGUAGUAAAGAUGGUGGCUGACACGAGCGAAGUGAAACUGCGAAUUCGCGAUAGGUACGUGGUGCAGAUCACCCCGGCCUUUAAAUGCACCGGGAUCUGGCCACGGAGUGCUGCCCACUGGCCGCUUCCCCACAUCCCCUGGCCAGGACCCAACCGGGUGGCAGAGGUCAAAGCCGAAGGGUUCAAUCUGUUGUCCAAGGAGUGCCACUCCCUGGCCGGCAAGCAGAGCUCGGCGGAGAGCGACGCUUGGGUGCUGCAGUUUGCAGAGGCGGAGAACAGACUGCAAAUGGGGGGCUGCAGGAAGAAAUGUCUCUCGAUCCUGAAAACCCUACGCGACCGCCACCUGGAGCUGCCAGGCCAGCCUCUCAACAACUACCAUAUGAAGACUCUGGUGUCCUACGAGUGCGAGAAGCAUCCCCGGGAGUCGGACUGGGACGAAUCCUGCCUGGGCGACCGGCUGAAUGGAAUUCUGCUGCAGCUCAUCUCAUGCCUGCAGUGCCGCCGGUGUCCCCACUACUUCUUACCGAACUUAGAUCUGUUUCAAGGCAAACCGCACUCGGCUCUGGAAAACGCUGCUAAACAAACGUGGCGAUUGGCAAGAGAGAUCCUGACCAACCCAAAAAGUUUGGAAAAACUCUAGAGGAUGAUCUAAUCUUGGGCCGACAAGAUCACUCUGCUCAAUGUCCUGACGAAAUGAAAACUUCCUGGUUGAUUCCUAUUUAGUAUUUCCUGAGACAGUGCAAACAAUCUCUUCCUUUAAAAGGAGUAACAGCACAACAUUUACGCAUCAUCUCACACACCCCUAAAAAGAGGAGGGAAUGGAGUAGGGAAACGGGAAAACCUACACCCACAAGCAUCUUUAUGCAGGCAACUCCCAUCUCCCCUGAAAAGUACACAAAACCCGAAAAGACCCAGAAAAAAACCCCAAGCAACAACGCAAGACCUUGACCAACUCCAUCAAAGGAUUAUAGCAAUCUUGAGACUUAGGCGCAUCUGACUUCCAGUAAACAGGACCUGGAUGUGGCAUCGGAAGGAGCAAAAGGAGCGUGUAAUGUAUGUUUUGAUUUGUAACAAAUAUUGUGAUCUCAUGUUGUAUUUGAAAGUGUGGAUGUUGGUGUUUUGUGAUUUGGUGAACAAAACUGAAAUUGCCGUUUGGAAAUUUCCAGACACUUUCCACGAACAAAGAUUCAUUUAAAGGUAGAUUUCCUUCUGGUACUUUACCUGUCUGUGAAGUGUCUGAACUUAAAAAAAAGUUUACAUUUUGUUUCAAAUAUAUUGCUUGUUCUAACAUUCCAUAAGUAUACUUGAAAUGUUAUUUAAAUAUAUUCAAAGGAAUUUGAAUUCAGCUUAUAUAAUAACGCUUGAAUAUCUGAAUUAUAUAUAUUUGAAAAUGCACUUGAAAUACACUGGAUAAUUACU